UUUUUUUUAACUCAAAUUCACUUGAAAAGAAACUGCAUUAAUGGCUGCCUUCAUCCCAUGCUAUCGCUUCUCUUGAGUCUGCUCUCAAACAUUGGUUUCUUACCGGAAACCAGCAAGAACAAAGUUGGGAUAUUUCCACCACCAUGUAAUCGGAUCGAGUGCCCAAGUUUUGAUAUUAUUCAACAAGGCAAUGGCUAUGAGAUUCGUAGGUACAAUUCCAGUGUGUGGAUAUCAACUCCCCGCAUUCAAGAUAUCUCUCUUGUCGGUGCCACCAGGACUGGCUUCCUUCAGCUAUUUGAAUACAUUCAAGGGAAGAACAAGUACGAGAAACAGAUAGAAAUGACAGCUCCAGUGAUAACUGAAGUUUUGCCAGGCGAUGGACCCUUCUGCGAGUCGACGUUUACCGUGAGCUUUUACGUCCCGAAGGUGAACCAGGCGAAUCCGCCACCAGCUGAAGGCCUCCUUAUCGAAAGAUUGAAAUCUACUUAUGUAGCAAUAAGGCAAUUCGGUGGAUUUGUUACAGACUAUAACAUUGCAGAGGAGGCUGCGGCAUUGCAAGCCAGUCUUGAAGGCACUGCUUGGUCCGAUGCAAUCGAGAGGUCUCGGAAACAUUAUGGCGUUACGAUUUACUCGGUUGCUCAGUACAACUCUCCUUUUGAAUUCAGUGGCAGGGUGAACGAGAUUUGGAUGAUGUUUGAUUUUGAAGAUGAGUUCUUGCCAGUUUAAGAAAUAAAUGAUUUUUGAUAAUUCAGUCUUUCUCCUGGUUAUGAUGAUCACUUUCCAAAACUUUAAGCUCGGAUCUAGUAUUCAUGUUACUUUUUUUG